AUGGUAACUGAACACAACUUCACGUGGAACAGUAAUGGCUACGAUGUAGCAAAAAUGUUUCCAAAGGUCACUCAUAUAUCUCCUGUUUGGUUGCAAAUCAAAACUUCUUCUCCUGGUAAAUAUUUUAUUACAGGGGCACAUGAUAUAGAUAAUAAUUGGAUUAAAGAUAUAAAAAGAUUAAGUGGAGGUCUGUCAAAAGUAUUACCAAGAAUAUUAUUUGAAAAGUGGUCAGUCUCAGAUCUUCAAGCAUUGUUUAGCAAAGAAAAAAGUCUUCUUUUGCUUGUUACAAAAAUUGUUGAUUUUAUUGAGCUUCAUGACUUUGAUGGAAUUGUGCUGGAAAUAUGGAGCCAAUUUGCUCACAAUAAGAAUUAA